GGAUCCGCUCUGACUAACAGAGAGAAGCUGUAUUCCUCCGCGCUGCUCCGGAGGGAAAGAACUAGUUCACUUAGUUUCAGCUUCGAACCAACAAACUACUGAGUGGAGGAAAGUUUCCACAGACAGAAGAGUAGAGGACCAGUCAGGACCAGUCAGGACCAGUCCGACCCAGUCUGCUCCAGUCUGCUCCAGUCUGAGAGGAUCUGGAGGAACUGAACUAGUUCUGACCGAGAAGAGAUGCUGCUGCUCAUCCGCUCACUAGUUACCCAGAGAACAGCAGCUAGCUACAGCUAGCCUAGCCUGCUAGCUGCACUAGCCUAGCCUGCUAGCUGCACUAGCCUAGCCUGCUAGCUGCACUAGCCUAGCCUGCUAGCUGCACUAGCCUAGCCUGCUAGCUGCACUAGCCUAGCCUGCUAGCUGCACUAGCCUAGCCUGCUAGCUACAGCUAGCCUAGCCUGCUAGCUGCACUAGCCUAGCCUGCUAGCUACACUAGCCUAGCCUGCUAGCUGCACUAGCCUAGCCUGCUAGCUACAGCUAGCCUAGCCUGCUAGCUACAGCUAGCCUAGCCUGCUAGCUACAGCUAGCCUAGCCUGCUAGCUGAGUUAGCCUAGCCUCCUGUAGCCUCCGCAUCAGAAGUGUUGUUGGUGUUUCGUACUGUAACGUGUAUGGUAAUCCCGGUAUUGAGUAGGAUAGUGGUGAAACAGUGGCUCCGGUGAAAUGGGCGGGUUUUUGUUCUGCUAACACAAAGCUAACUACAGCUAGCUCUGUGUGCUAGCUGCCGCUAGCUGCCGUUAGCUGCCGCUAGCUGCCGUUAGCUGCCGUUAGCUGCCGUUAGCUGCCGCUAGCUGCCGCUAGCUGCCAGCAGCUGCCGUUAGCUGCCGCUAGCUGCCGCUAGCUGCCGCUAGCUGCCAGCAGCAUCUUGAGCAGCAGAGUGUGUUCUGUUGAGCAGACCGCGACACGGUGAUCCUCCUCCUGCUGCUCCUGCUGCUCUCCCAGCAGCCCAUCAGUCCGCCGUGAUGUUCGAGAUGGAGACGCACAUCUCCUGCCUGUUCCCGGAGAUCCUGGCUAUCAUCUUCAGCUACCUGGAGGUGAAGGACAAAGGCCGGGUGGCGGUGGUGUGCUCGGCCUGGAGAGACGCGUCCUACCAUAAGUCCGUCUGGAGGGGGGUCGAGGCGAAGCUGCACCUCCGGAGAGCCAACCCGUCUCUGUUCCCCAGCCUGCAGACCAGAGGCAUCAAGAAGGUCCAGAUCCUGAGCCUGAGGAGGUCUCUGAGCUAUGUGAUCCAGGGCAUGCCGCUCAUCGAGAGUCUGAACCUGUGUGGCUGCUUCAACCUGACGGAUAACGGACUGGGUCAUGCCUUCGUGCAGGACAUCCCGUCUCUGCGGGUCCUGAACCUCAGUCUGUGUAAACAGAUCACUGACUCCAGCCUGGGCCGGAUCGCUCAGUACCUGAAGAACCUGGAGGUUCUGGAGCUGGGAGGCUGCAGUAACAUCACCAACACCGGCCUGUUGCUCAUCGCCUGGGGACUGCACAGACUGCAGAGUCUCAACCUGCGCAGCUGCAGGCAUGUGUCCGACGUGGGCAUCGGUCACCUGGCAGGUAUGACCCGCAGCGCUGCAGAGGGCUGCCUCAACCUGGAGAAGUUAACCCUGCAGGACUGCCAGAAGCUCACGGACCUGUCUCUCAAACAUGUCUCCAAGGGCCUGAACAAGCUCAAAGUGCUCAACCUCAGCUUCUGCGGAGGCAUAUCGGACGCAGGGAUGAUCCACCUGUCUCAUAUGACCCACCUGUGCAGCUUAAACCUGAGGUCCUGUGAUAACAUCAGUGACACUGGGAUCAUGCACCUGGCCAUGGGGUCCCUCCGGCUCUCUGGACUCGACGUCUCCUUCUGUGACAAGAUCGGAGACCAGAGCCUGGCCUACAUCGCCCAGGGUCUGUACCAGCUCAAGUCUCUCUCUCUGUGCUCCUGCCACAUCAGUGACGAUGGCAUCAACAGGAUGGUACGCCAGAUGCACGAACUCAAGACUCUGAACAUCGGACAGUGUGUGAGGAUCACAGACAAAGGCUUGGAGCUGAUAGCCGACCACCUGACCCAGCUGACGGGCAUCGAUCUGUACGGGUGUACCAAGAUCACCAAGAGGGGUCUGGAGAGGAUAACGCAGCUGCCGUGCCUUAAAGUGUUGAACCUGGGACUGUGGCAGAUGACUGAGAGUGAGAGAGUCAGGUGAACUCUCUCAUGUACACCUGUUUCAUCGUGUAUAAGAGAGAGUCAGGUGAACUCUCUCAUGUACACCUGUUUCAUCGUGUAUAAGAGAGAGUCAGGUGAACUCUCUCAUGUACACCUGUUUCAUUGUGUAUAAGAGAGAGUGAGGUGAACUCUCUCAUGUACACCUGUUUCAUCGUGAAUAGAGCUCAGUCGUGCCUGUAUCCAUUCUUAAUUGUACCUUCUAUACUGUGACUAAAAAGCAGGAGAGGGACUCGACAUGGAUCACUGGGAUAUUGUUCACCUGCGCUGCAAUACUCCAUUCUUAGUUUCAGUCUGGCUCUCUUCUGAUGUGCAUUGUUUAAUCUCAGCCUGUGUACAGUUCUCACUAUCUAGCUACCUCACCCAUCAAACACAGGAGUGCCUACUAUCGCUGAAUACUAGAUUACAUUGCAUAUUUUUGUGACUCACAUACCAAUGGAGAUUUAGAUAUUUUACAGAAUAAUAGCUAGGCAUUUUAACUCUUAACAGAAAGGCAAAUUUUGAUAGAAUGUUUUUUUCGGCUGAUGUAUUUUUUACUUGUGUAACCAAUAUUUUCGUAUUGAGCGACUGCUGACAAAAUUGUACUUCAAAUUGAAGUGGGUGGAUCACUCCUGUCUGUCUCUGUUUACCUGUGUAUAGUCGGCUAUGUUUCAUAUUCCUGAGGGAAUACGUAUGUAUCAGAUGUUCCGGUAUGCUACUCUGUCAAAGGUUCAUCAACACAACUAAAGGCGUAGUAAUUAACAGCUGCCAAGGCGAUAUGCAAUACCUUAAAAACUGUUUUCUCCUGAGGAGCUUCCAACCAUAGCGUCAGAAUAUUUGUUUAAAAAAAAGCAGUAAUUUAAGAUUGUUUUAUAUUCAUACAGUAGUGCUAUUUAUGAAUAAAGAUGGCAAAUAUGUUUCA